AUGGCCCUCGUCAGCCCCGUGGCCCUCAACCUCGACAACCUCAAGACCGCCUACCGCUUCCUCGUCGACCCCAGCCCGCACCUCGACCACGCCCUGCCACUGGUCCGCGCCCUCGGCCUCCACGCCUUCCGCCUCCAGGACGAGGUCCUCGGCGUCCCCCUCCGCUGGGGCUUCUUCUCCCCCGGCCCCAGCCGCCUGCAGGCCAUGGAGGCCUGCCUGUUUGCCAGUCUGCUCGCCACCGCCUUCCUCGUCGUGUCCAUCGUCGCCGUGUGCCUCUAUCGGGGGGAGAGCUACCAGUUUCUCCUGUGCUGCUCGACCGUGAUCCCCGUCGCCUGCGCUUCCACUUACAUAAAGGCGAGACGCGUGAGUCCCGACUGCUGGCUGCCCUGGGUUCUGCGGGAUGCGCGGACUGAUGACGCGCAGUAUCGCCAGUGGGUGCCGCCGUCCUGGAAAAGACCCAGUGCGGCCAAGUGA